UGGCCAACGGUUCGCAGAGCCGCCAAUUCAGUUCGUACGUUCCGUUCGGUGCGUGUGCGGGUAGUUGGUCGUGAGUGGGUGGUGCGUUUGGUCGAUUUCGCGAAUGCGAGUGCAUGUGCGGUGUGCGCGAAGAAGCGGCUGCUGGGAUUUGGCCUGUUAACCUAAGCGGGGCCGCGUUAACCUCAACUGCCAGCAGGAAGAAGAGGAGAAAGAAAUAAUACUGUGAGCGGAUCUGGGGCUAUUUCACCUGGGGAAGGCAGCAUGCUGAAUCUUAGAGCUGACCACGAUAUCUACCGCAUAAGGAGACAGCACGGCACGAAGAUACGGGACGUGGCGCAAGCAGCAAGCGAGUAACGGCCACACGAAGAAAGUAGUAGUGACGGAAAGACUGACUCAGUAAUUGGAGACUAGACGAGAAAAAUCGCUCUUCUGUGAUCACCCCCUAUUUUUGUAGCGCGUUUAAUUUUUUCGUCACACGCCCUUACUUGGUGUGUACGUGUGCAAGCGAAAGUACAAAUGGUGGCAAAGUGAGGGAAUCUCAGUUGAGUAAGAAUAGCAAAGGGGAAGGAAGGUAGUAGCGUAAUCUUCGAAGUGCCCAGUAGUUGCUGGCUUAGUCGUAGCUAUAAUGUUCUGAAGCGACAGUUCACACCAAGUAGACCGUAGGUGGAAGAUAAGACAGAUCGCCGCCUCAGACAGUAUUGCGGAGGUCCUGAGUGUGUGCGCUUCAAAAUACACGCUUCGCUCUAUUAGGCAAAGCGUCCACGCGCACGUUUCUCUCAGUUUUCUCACAAGUGUACUUAAAAGGACUCACAUACAUUUGCAAGUGCCAGAUUUUUAAUUUUUUUUUUCCCCCCCACCGCGAUGUGAGCUGUCGUUACCCUCUGCGGCCUGUCAAAGUGGGAAAAGAAACGCUGCCGAGAGAAUUUUAAUUGCUUCGGUUUUAUACACCAAAGUCAAUCGUUGAAUACGCAAGUCAAAUCGAUUUUUCCUCUCGCGAGAUUUUUUGGAAAAGUUUUUUCGCGCGUGUCGCUAUAUUGAGCAUUGUGUUUUUGGUAGUGUCGCUGUGUAUUUUGUAAUCGUACUUUAUUAUCUAAUUUUAAAUAAAAAUUGUUCCCGGGCCUGAUGGUUUCGAUUCAGGAGCUAAGAUUUUUUGUGAUACUCGAUAGCAAUAAGAGGAGCUUGCCUUGCAACUGUAAAAACCAGAAAUUGUGAAUAGGAAACGUUUUAUUUGGGAUCAGUGGCGUUUGAUAUUGGAAUUUUCAGACAACGAAGAAUCGACGCAGGGAUAGGCGAGUAGAAGGAAAAAGCCAAGAAAGUUGCCUUAAAGUUCAGCGGUUCAAGACAGUACUUAAACAUUCUCGUCUGUGUCUGAUAGCAUCAGUCACAAUAAAAGUACAAAAAGGGGUACUUUAAACUAGUUGGAAACUAGUCAAAGGUUUUUUGAAUGCGGUUUGUCUGCAUAUUGAGCGUUAACUGUUCGCUAGGAAAAUUAGUAAUAUUUCAUAUUCAGCCACGUCUAUAGUAGAUGUGCAAAGUCUGUACUCACAUAGCAUAUUUAUCUACGCCCACUUAGUCUUUGGCACUUGCACACUCACACAUUGAGAUAGUAAUAGUCUAGCUGUAUUUGACUGGUAAUUGGCGUGCACACUUAAUCAAACGGCUUGCAAGAAAAAGUAUAUAUUCUUACCAGAAGUGUAUCAGAAAACAUUUUCCUGGUCUGUAAACAAGUACUUAAAAGAUUAAUCUCGUUUUCGUCAUCAGUAGGCGGUAUCUCAGUACAAACAAGUAUUUACGUUGGUUCAGUACUUAAAAUAGUGGAAUAAAGUAUAUGUACGUUAAUAUACCGAUUAGUUACGGCCUAGUAUUAUUCCUUGUAAUUUGGGUACUCAAAAAGAAAGAUACUCUUACAGCAGGAGCGAUUUUUCGUCACAGUUCUCCGCAAGAUAAAGGCCUUCCUGCUUACAUUCGGCAAACGUUGAAAAUUUAGCGGGACAUAAUUCAAAUUGGAAUUGUGGUGUGGAAGAGUGUAAAGAUAACCAUUUUGACCAUCGGCAAGUUACUGUGUACUUAAUCGCGGGGUGUAGAGAACGUCGUGGAAUUGAUUAACCACUGGACUCGUGCAACGAAUUUUUCUGCUCUUGAAAGUUACAAGUGGCCUAAUACUUGUCUUCCACUUGACACUCUGUGGAGUGUGGUAGGAUCUCGGAUGACGACUAAAUAUUCAAGCUUCCGAGGCUCAUAAAAACACUUGUGUGCGUCUGACAUCUGGUGUCGGUGUCUUCGUAUUCGUCGGGGCGAGGCUAGGAGAUACUAGAGGACUGACAAAGUGAAGUACUUAAAUAGUAAUUUCUUAAAAUCAAUUGCUGGUGGAAUUGUAGACCACAGAUUUCUGCGGAGAAAGUGCUGUGCUCGCAGGUGUGGUACAGAUACACUUCCGAACUGAGUACUUAAUAGUGUAGAUAGAGAUCUGCAAGUGCUUCAGACAGAGGGAGAUACGGGAGCUGUGAUAAAUGUUCCUCUACUGAAACUCCGCAACCAACUCACUUCUCGUACACUGUCAAAGGUGCACGACAGGGCAGCUGGUUUGGUAGCCUUCUUAAGAGUGGACAGUGUUUCUUAUUAGUGUGGUAGCACCCUGAACUCCCCAGUUGCGGUUAGUAAGCUGUCUCGACCCUCGCAGUGUCAGCCAUCGACCUCGGCACUCGGGCCAAAUGUCGUUCCAGAUCGGCGAAUCGUGCCUGCCACUCUCCAAGUCUCCUCUCUCUGUGCAGACCUCUGAAGACAGCUGACAGUGGGGGAACGUUGAAGACUACUGCUGCCGCUACAGACUGCCUGAUUCACUGGGGAGACUUUCCUGCCUGUCGCUAGAGUGCGGAGCUGCGUCCCGGCACUACCGUUUCCUGAAGCACGCUUCCCUGGGGCAGAUCCAGUUGGACUACUGUGCACGGUGUCUAGCUGUGGCGGUAGCUCAGUUCCAGGCUCGUGAAAGGCCCAACUAUUUCUAGAGCGACUGCCACCUAAUUACAGUGCGUGUACCUUACACCACGUACCCAAAGCUCCUGUGUCGGUAAAGAGCAACUGGCGCGGAUAGUCGGUAGUAUCUGAUCUGUGGCGAGCCCCCGAGCGCUGCCGAGAACCUGGAAGCCCAAUUCGGAGUUCCCUGCCUGCCGAACCCCUCGGAUCGAACGAUGCCGCCAAAGAAUCCCGCUCAGGAACCCGGCGCCAAGGGUUCGAAGAAGGCGCCGGCCGCAGGUCCGGCGCCGCUGGCCGCGCCGGACGACUCUUCGCCGUCGCCGUCGCCCCCGCCGUCGCCCUCGGCCGACGACGACGACUCGUCGCAGUCGAGCAGCAGCUACAACACCAUCACGUCGCUGGCGGCGCUGAAGGAGCUGCUGCACGGGCCCGGUUCGGGACCCACCAAUGACGUGGACCUGGCCUGGUUCGAGCACUACUUCCUGAGCCACGUGAACCGCCUGCCCAAGCACGAGCUGCGCUCGCCCUGCCUGCGGCCCAUCCUGGAGGGGCGCCGGGUCUCGGAGUGGGCCGGAGACGCCCACGCCAAUGAGGCGCCGCCCCACGCCGACGAGGCGGUGGAGGACGAGGAGGCGGACGAGAUGGCCGACCUGUGCUCGUCGACGGCGACGUACCCGGGCGCGGGCGGCCCGCUCACCUCCAGCGGCCGCCCCCACGUGGCCACCAUCUUCCAGCAGCCGCCUCCAGCGGCCGCGGGCGCCGCCGCCAGGGCGCGCUGGCAGCAGCGGGGCUCCCCAGGCUCCUCGGUGCGUCCCUCACCGCUGGCCUCGCCGCACCUGGACAAGCGCUUCGUCGACACCUCGCUGGUCGAGAUGCGGUCGCAGUUCUCGUCCAGCUCGACCAUCGACUCCGACACGGACGUGUGGGUGAUGCGGGACGAGAGCGUCGCAUCCGCGUCGUCGCGUCGCAGACCGGAGCUGGGAUCGCAGCCAUUGCCGACAAUCAGUGUAACGGACGAUGCGUCGCAUGUGGACGGUGCUGCCGCCAGCGGCCACCGGCCGAGAGCGGGCACGUGGAGCAUGGCGCAGUCUCGCCACCGACCGGGCGCCAUCUCCCCCGGUCCCCAACAGCAGCAGCAGCAGCAGCCGCGGCGGCGGUCCGGCGAUGACGUGGUGUCGGCGCCGCCCCCGCAGCACAGCCCCCAGCCGGCGCCGCCCCCGCCCCCGCAGCCGCAGCCGUCGCCCUCCCGCCAGCGCCACUCCACGCUGCUGGACGCUUUCCGCCCCCGCAGCAAGUCCGACGCCGGCGGCCACAAGACGCCGCGCCGCCCCGGCGCCAACAUCAUCUCCCACAUGAAGAGCGCCGUGCAGCACUCGCUGAUGUCGCCAAGCUCGAGUGGGGGCAGCAGCAAGACCUCGGACUCGUCAUCGACAUCAAAGUCCGAGGGCAGCAGUGGUGGGGGCGGUGACCACGGGCACAGCGGCAGCCACGGACACAGCAGUAGCAGCGGCAGCGGCAGGCCGCGCGCCGGCUCCGACAGCAACACGAGCCGCGGGCCCGUCUCCAAGGUGAUGGACAUGUUCAGACAUCGAUCGCAUUCAGCCGUCUCGGCCGAGGACAAGAGGAAAGCGAGGGCGGCCGCUCACCACCACCACCAGGUCGCCGCGCAGAGUGCGCUGUUGCGGCGCAGCUCGCUGGACCCGGUGGAGCGGCGCCGAUUGUCGCUGGGCCCGUCUACGUCCUCGUCGUCCGAGCGUCCGCCCAGCUCCCAGCAGCCGCACCGCGCGGCCGACGCGCAUCUCGACCCUCACCACGCGGCCAUACUCUUCAGGGACUCCAGGGGUUUGCCGGUUGCCGAUCCGUUCCUGGAGAAGGUCAACAUCCAGGAUCUUGAGGAGGACGAGGCGCAGAUCUUCGUCAAGUUCUUCCGCUUCCACAAGUGCUACGACCUGAUCCCCACCAGCGCCAAGCUGGUCGUCUUUGACACGCAGCUGCUCGUCAAGAAGGCCUUCUUCGCGCUCGUCUACAACGGCGUGCGCGCAGCCCCCCUGUGGGACAGCAAGCGGCAAGAGUUCGUGGGCAUGCUGACCAUCACCGACUUCAUCAAGAUCCUGCAGAUGUACUACACGUCGCCCUCCGCCGCCAUCGGCGAGCUCGAGGAGCAUAAGCUGGACACCUGGAGGGAGGUGCUGAAGGACCAGGUGAAGCCGCUGGUGCACAUCGGCCCGGACGAGUCCCUGUACGACGCCAUCGCGACGCUCAUCCGCAACCGCAUCCACAGGCUGCCCGUCAUCGACCCGGCCACCGGCGACGUCCUCUACAUACUCACCCACAAGCGCAUUCUGCGCUUCCUCUACCUCUACAUCAACGACCUGCCGAAGCCGAGCUACAUGAACAAGACGCUGCGCGAACUGCAGAUCGGCACCUACGCGGACAUCGAAAUGGCGCGCGAGGAUACGUCCAUCAUUGAAGCACUUCACAAGUUCGUGGGGCGGCGCGUCUCCGCCCUGCCCAUUGUUGACGAGCAGGGCCGACUCACCGACAUCUACGCCAAGUUUGACGUCAUCAACCUGGCAGCAGAAAAGACGUACAACAACCUGGACGUGUCACUGCGCGAGGCAAACGAGCACCGCAACGAGUGGUUCGAGGGCGUCCACAAGUGUCGACUGGACGAGACGUUGGCCACCGUCAUGGAAAGGAUAGUGCGUGCCGAGGUGCACAGGCUGGUGGUGGUGGACGAGGAGGACAAGGUCAUCGGCAUCAUCUCGCUGUCCGACCUGCUGCUCUUCCUGGUGCUGCGGCCCUGCGGAGAGGAGAUCGCGGCGGGCAUGAGCGGCACGUCGCUGCGCCAGCACCAACACCAACUCCAGCAGUCGUCGUCGGCCGCGUCGACGUCAGAGGCCUCCAUACCGGAGGAAGAUGACUGCAGCGGUGGCCUCGGUUCGGACGACGCUACUCCGGCAACCACGUCUGGUGCAGAAGAGGAGGGUGGCGGUGGGGGCAGCGAGGUCUCCGACACCCCUCCUCCGGCACCCACGCCUGCGGCAGUGACGGCCUCUGCCGGCUGGAGGGAGGUCACCGUCUCCGGCGGGGAGUGAAGGGGAGCUCCGUAGCCCACCUGCCGCACGUCUCGCCGGUCGGUCCGUGGCGAGUCAUUCGCGUGCCGGGCACUCCGCCGGUGGCUGACACCUCGUUCGGAUUCUCCGCAUCCGAAUCGGGACGCAGUGCCGGGCCGACUUGCAGCCCUGGAAAAUUUCUCGUCGAACUGAGUGUGUUUUGUCAGAACUGGGUCUACACUGACGGACAGCGGGAGUGGAGACUCGGGUUCUCAGCCACGGGUGACAGGCGAGAGCUGUGGCACGGACUGAACACCUCCGAAGAUUUGUAGGUUGUGCAUUAAGUUUCCCAUUCUUAGCGGGCAGCUGACUGUGCAUUCACUCGUAGCGAGUGCCAGCGAUGCCCCUACUGCAGUGGAGAACAGUGCGGCCUCUUUGUGUACACCACUCGCUGCCCUGGGGUGUCGUCGGAGCUGAGGAGCAGCUACAGUCGGAGUAGAGGUCGAACCCCAAAAAUUGCCACACGGACUCGGUGACACUAAAACUGCCACGUGAUACCGGGUGAGGGGGCGGACGUGUACAACUGGAAUUUCACCGAUACCUCAGGAUCUCUUGUACAAACACUAGCUUAUCUCUGUACCUUAGCUCUGCACGUCUUUUUUGCCCACUGUACGGAAUUGGCAAGAGACGUGUAAUACGUCACUUUUCUCCACGAGGCUUCGCAUCUGUGGCUGGAGUGUGUCGGACGUACGCUGCGCCCGCGGAAGUCGCCGACCCCGGCCGAGCGAUUCUGACACGAGACUGAUCCUCGUCCUCUUCCGGAGCCAGCCGAAUUGUGCAGGGAGCUGCUCUCUCCCCACAAUAAAAACGUCUGCUCGAGUAUCGGACAGAUCUGUUGUCCUCUUUGGAAAAUGACGCUUAUCUACCCGGUCUGACACUUCUCACAUUCACGACAUUGCAAUUUUUCGAAAUAGAUUUGCCGGUAGCAACUGCACAGUUCACCACGGUGUAAGACAAACUGCGUAUUGGCAUCACUGUCACAUUCUGCACAGGUUCGUCUUUUGCGGUCAUCGACUAUUUUUUGGUCCAUUCGUAUUGAUGAGGCGAAAAAUAUUGUUGCAGUGCGCUGUACUUUAUAAUUCUCCCUUUAAUCGCAAACAAUUCUCUUUGUUACUAUAUUCCGUGCUAGACUUUAUUGUGUGGGGAGCGGUUCCCUUAAAAAUGUGAUUAAAAAUAAAUUAAAAGUGGGAAAUUAAUUUUCCUGGUAGUUUUUUUAGGCUGGCCUCACAUGUUGCAUUAUUAUGGUAGUUUAAUUUUUCUGUCAAAAAACAGAGUUUAUUUUUCAAGCAGUUGUUUCCGUAAGAGCAAGCGUAAUGUGUUUUUGAUGUAGUCCGUGCUCUGGUUUGCAGAAUAUAAGUACCUGUGUGUGUGUGUGUGUGUGUGUGUGUGUGUGUGAGUGUGUGUGUGUGUGUGUGUGUGUGUGUGUGCGCGCGCGCGCUAAUAUUGAAGUCUGUAUAGAAAAAAUUAAAUUUUGUAGUUUGUAGCUCCAGGCAGUGUUUAUCAACAUACCUGGCGGCAAUACACUUGUGUACGCUAAAAAACAAAUCUGUAUAUAGUCUCACUCGAUUGUUAGAAGUAGUUAGUGUGUAAGGUUAGGCAGGGGGCCCAGGGUUCUCACAUAGCAGAACUUUGCGCUUACCGCUUGCUGCCAUCUGUCGGGGCGUGACAGGUCUUUCGCUGUCCGUAUUAUUUUGGAAAGUUUUUCAGUGUUCCAGCUGCACUUGAUACCUGGCCCGUGCUCAGGGAAGUUUAACGAGGAAUAUGGGUGUGUAACACGGAAGGUAGUUAGUCUCUCAUUUUUCCAUAAUCCACCGUAUACUGUGGUGGCGCCUUUGCCGUCUAGGCAGAGAUUUUAGCGUUGUAUGUUAAUUUUAAGGCAAAACUGUCACCUCGAGUCUUAUUGUGUUCACACAUUUUCAGUGUGUUUCUUAAUGAUUUCUUUUAAAAGUGCUGCUCUAUCUACCACUGCUCGAUACCAGCAAUGGCAGUUACGUGCGUAUGUUACAAAAGGCUAUCUUGUAAGUUUAUUGUAUGUGGAGUCCUGUGUUAUUGUACAAUUCUCAUAUAUUGCUUUGAGCAGGGAAUAACAAAAAAUCUAAAUUCCUGUUACAUUUGUGACUGCACAAUAGUGAGGGGGAAAAUGUGAUGCGGAAGGGGAAAAAGUGCUUAAUUCGGUGUACAUUUGUGAUUAGAUUGUGGGGGAAAAGCGUGUGAUGGGGCACAAGAGUCCUUUUGCAAUGUAUGUUGCUGUUGAUUUGAAAGGAAGUCAUUUGUCAUUAACAGCGCAGUUGGUGCAGAGAGACAGAAUAUGUAAUGUAUUGUGCAUAUAUAGUGUGUGUGUGUGUGUGUGUUUUUUGUGCCAUCGGCAUUAUCGUUGAUAAUUAUUUAUUUUAUUAUGAAAUAUCGAGCAGUGAGGCUGUUUUCCCAUGUUGAUGGUAGUGAAGAUGAGUCUUCACAAAAUGUAAGCUGGCAUUAAUAAGAUUAUUGUAGCUGUAGUGAACCACGCAUGUGAUAGUUGAAUAAUUAUUUUUAAGGACACCGAUUGCAAUAAGGUACUGUACAUUAACACGUGAACACAUUCGAGGCAGUGCGUGCUGUCGUAAGCUCGUGUGUGUCAAACUGAACUCCGAAGCUGGCACUUUUUGCACCGCUUCAGUUCUUGCGCUGUUUGCAUUGCCACAGUGGUACUUUGUGACGUGGAGCGGGGGGAGGAGGACGAAGAUAAGCCCACGCCGAGUCACGUGCGCGUCUGGAUCUCCGUACGCCACGGACAAGACUGCGAGCAGCCCGGGAGCACUUUAUGGAAAUGCAGUGUGUCGCCUCUCAGGGCCUUUUCUUAAUUUUAUUUUUAGUGUUUGCCUCCUACGUUUGCGCAGAGUCGGGCACUGCUGAGCCACUAGUAACUAAAGUUGCCACAGCCCACUGCUGUUGUUUUCUGUAUUACUGAGGCCGAGGUGUAUACUGCCCGGUCAGAGAUAUGUGUAAUAAUAAACACUGCAGAAUUUUGAA